AUGUGCAGCCUGCCUUUCGAAGAUGCUGCGGAGCGCGCGGUUGCGCUCGGUGUGCACACCGAAGCUCAAAUUGACCGUCUCACGGAUUCGAUUGCUCGGGGCACGCAUUCGGAAGCCAAGAUCGCAAAGCAGCUCAACGAGAAGCUUUCUACAGGCGCUCCGCAUACGCUCCCGCGCGGCGACGCGUCCGUUCAGGUAGUGAGGCUCGUCGGCCUGACGCGAGCAGAGCUCAACGGGCUGGUGGGAUUGUCGCGCGGCUGGGACGCCCGCUCUGGUCGUUGGAAAGUCAAGCUUCCAGGCUCCGACGCUGCGGUUCUUCUUCGCACCGAGAACCUCGAGACGCCUCCGCCCGGCCAAGCACACCUGGCCUUCAUCGGCAGCGUCGGCGACCUCGCCGUCGACGAGCUCAGUCUUGAACCACUGCCAUUCAAGCCAGUUCUGACGUCGCUUCAUAAAGAAUUCAAGCCACCAGCUCAUGGCAUCAUGCCGCGCAGAUUUGCGCAAGAAAGGGGCGACUCGGCUGCAGUCGUAGACUUGAUGACUGCUCACACCAAGCAUGUAACGCCGAUCGUACCCCUGGGCUCGCCUGUCUGUGUGCACGUCGACUCGCUGCCCCCGAUUCGAAAGCUGUGGGCAACCGGCCCGGACUCCCUGGAUGUUGAAGGGGCCCCGGGCUCUGUAAUAGCUCCGUUCCCCGGAGCCAAGGUAGUAUCGUUUUCGGCCUUGGAGUGCAUGGACGCGGAGAAAGCAAGGAAGCUUCGUGAGGGUGGGCACGAAGCACCUUCUGGCUGGUUUAUCAAGCCUGGAAUGUUCUACACGUACGGAGGUUGGUGCACAAUCAAAGACCUUCCAGAAUGGGUUCGUUUUGUGCAAGAGGACGUGGACUCAUUCAUAGAUCUCCACUUUGAUGCCACUGGUGGCUUUCCACGCUUGCAGCUGCCGUCUGCUGAGUUGUGCUGCUUCUGUCCAUUUUGCGCGGGAGACCAAAGAAAAGUGGAGACUGGCGCAAACGGCGUUCUGCUCUGGCAAGUAAUGCAGGCAACUCGGAAGCUUCCUUGUCCUGGCGAAGAGGAGGACUUUGGCCGCCUUGACUGGUUGCAGCAAGAAUUUCCCUUCAAGGCGUAUCCACGCCUUUGCUGUGAGCGUUGCUUUGAAGCGCUCCUUGCCUCCUUUGACCAGCAAUUGCACAGGUCGGGGUGUGAUGAGUUGUCUCCACCUUCACGCGGCGACGUGGAGGCACGUCUUCGGCGCUUCGACGCACUGCAUGACGUGCAUGAGCUCGCAAUAGUUCGCACGGCUCGCGAGGCUGCAGGCAAGCCAAGGCCCGAACGGUAUGAUCUCUUUUCACUGUGGAGUUCGCACGCGAGCGGGGGCCUGGCCAAUGCGCUGCAGGACGUGGUGCAAGCCAGCUACAUCAAGUUCUUUGGCUACACGUCGACUGUCGAAGACGGGAGAGUGAAAGUGGAAUCGCGGCCCUCCGAGUGGAGUGGUUUACUGCAGCAAGGAUUGCCAACGAGCGUCGGAAAGUAUGGGUACGUGCUGAGCGGGGACGGGAACGACCACGGCUCGAUGGUGACGGGCGAGUUUUGGCGGUACGAUCCUGACGCGGACGAGUGGAAGGCGCUGCCCCCGCACCCAGGCGCUUCGCGAUGGGCGCCCGCCUCGUUCGUGCUCAACGGCCACGUCUACUUUUACAACGGGCUGGACCGGCUGCCGGGCCGGAUGUCCUUUUACCCGAGCGACUCCUUCCGGAUCCGCCUCCCCGCCUGA